AUGGAUGUUGGUGUCAACACUUCGACGGUUGUCCCGGGGAUAGAGACAAGUGACCCGGGGGUCGGGACAAGGUGUAACACAACAUAUGUACAAUUAUGUACGGAUGAAUCUUCGUUUCUAGCAGCUGAUCUGCUACAAUUCGCCCCGUGCCCACCUCCCUGGAAGAAGGGCCUUCUGUGGGAAGUUGCAAAACAAAAGGGACUAACAGAUAAUGAGGCAGGACAGAUAGCAUUCAGGUGUGUUGUCUCCCCGACCGCUAGUCAGACACCCGAGCUAUGUGGAUCGUCGUGCAUCGCCAUCUGUGUUUUAAGUGGAUGUUUACUACUGACAAUAAUCUUGGCCGUCGUAUGUUGGUGUAGGAGAAGAGGCGUGGUAAAGAAACUGAGAACAAGCAACCAAAACAAAACAGACAAUGUACAGGCGGCUGUGGGGACUAGGAAGCCAGACCCGGCGUAUGACGAGUUCCAGGAGGGCCGUGUGCACUACCGUAACAUAAUGGAGAGUGCCUUCGACAACCUUGCGUACACUACCGACUUCUCAACCGACCACGUCCGCAGUAACAGUGAUACCAGCAACAACAGCCACACCCAGCUCAACGGCACAUCGACAAAUCAAAAUUACGAGGACGCCAUGCUUUAA